GCACAGCGGUGAGGCCCGGGCGCGGACGCAGCUGGCGCCCGGCACGGCGGUAGGAAAGGAGAAAGCGGGGGAAACACCUGGCGAGAGGAGUGAGGGGUUAGAGUGGGGAUGGCUCGUCUGUGCCUUUACAUCGCCCUUGGCACCGCCGCCUCGAUCACUGAAGUGACAAUUCCCUUUCCCGGGAAGCCGUGCGCGGCUGUGCUUCUGCCCGGGACACCGGAAGGCCCUUUCACACGGCCAGCAUGGUGCAUUCACUGAUCGAAGCGUAUUGCUUGCUUGACCAGAUGAAGAUAGUCAAGCCAAAAGUGGCCUCCAUGGAGGAAAUGGCGAGUUUCCACACAGAUGCUUACCUGCAGCACCUGCAGAAGGUCAGUGAAGAGGGGGAUGAUGACCACCCGGAGUCUGUGGAGUAUGGACUGGGUUAUGACUGUCCAGCCACGGAAGGGAUCUUUGAGUAUGCAGCGGCUGUGGGAGGAGCCACCAUCACUGCAGCCCAGUGCCUGCUGGAUGGCAAGUGCAAAGUAGCAAUUAACUGGCCUGGAGGGUGGCAUCAUGCAAAGAAGGAUGAAGCUUCUGGUUUCUGUUAUCUGAAUGACGCUGUCUUGGGGAUCCUGCGACUGCGCCAGAAAUUUGACCGCAUCCUUUAUAUUGAUUUGGAUUUGCAUCAUGGGGAUGGAGUUGAGGAUGCCUUUAGUUUCACCUCGAAGGUCAUGACUGUUUCUCUGCACAAAUUUUCACCAGGAUUUUUCCCAGGCACUGGUGAUGUGACAGAUGUUGGCCUGGGAAAAGGUCGCUAUUACAGCGUGAAUGUGCCCAUUCAAGAUGGCAUUCAGGAUGAAAAAUAUUACCAGAUCUGUGAAUCAGUGCUGAAGGAGGUGUAUGCUGCCUUCAACCCCGAUGCAGUUGUGCUGCAGCUGGGGGCGGACACCAUUGCUGGAGACCCCAUGUGCUCUUUCAACAUGACACCUGAGGGAGUAGGGAAGUGCCUCAAGUAUGUCCUGCAGUGGCAGCUAGCAACUCUUGUCCUCGGAGGAGGAGGUUACAACCUUGCCAACACUGCUCGCUGCUGGACGUACUUGACUGGGGUCAUCCUUGGGAGAACACUGUCCUCUGAGAUCCCUGAUCAUGAGUUCUUCACAGAGUAUGGUCCUGAUUACGUGCUGGAGAUCACACCAAGCUGCAGACCAGACCGCAAUGAGCCACAGAGAAUUCAAGAAAUUCUGAACUCUAUCAAAGUGAUCUUUUCCACAGCACACCCCUCUACCUACUGCAGAGCUGUUUAUGAGCUCCUGAAGUCCUGCACAGAGGGACCAGACCCUGGAGAGCCUCUCAAGAAUGUCAAGGGCGAUGCAGGGCAUUGUGGCAGCUCCUCCUCUGGGAGAUCUUGGAUGAACUUCCAGAUGCUCUGGUGCCCCAUGAGAGCUGCCAUGAGGUGUCUCAGCAAGGGAACAGGUAUACAGGUAUCUGGAGCAGAUCUCUCCCAGUGCCAGGAGCCUUGGAGACUGGCCUCUGCUGCCCUUGUCCCCUCAUUCUCCUAGCCCAUGGACUUUUUUUAUAAAGAUGCCCAGAUCUGGAUCUGUUUUUUAUAAAGAUGCCCAGUCACUGUAGGAAAGCAUAUUUCCUGUGGCUUUAAUUAGAUUAUGCUGGAAGAAACAGCAAGACAAAGGGGGCCCCAGCCUGGCCUUGGUUUUGUUUUUUGCUCUGUUUUUCACUGCUGAUUGAAACAACAGGAAAUCUGGUAUGGAGACAGAUCAGCAGGAUGUGGCUCCCUUGACUCCUGACCCCUUGCCUGCUUCCAUGUACCCCUGGCACCUGCUGUCAUGUGCUGUGGUGAAACCAGUCUUGUGUGGUGACCACUGGCCGGACGGCUGGUGCUGCCAUUGCCCUAUGGGAGAUGUCAGGCUUUGGGACUGCCCAUCCAGUUAAAAAUGUGAGGAAUGAGGGAACAGAGAAGCUGGCCAACUGCUGCCUCUGACCCAUGUCAGGGCCCCAUGUGCUCUGCCCCCACAGCAGGUAGACUUCCCUUGUGGGAGCUGUUUCAGGAACACAGUUGGGAAAAUAAACAAUAGGAAACCCCACAAGUGUCAAGGGUUGUGGCUUUUAGGUGAGAUGCCUCUUGGGUGGAAAUCCCCACAUCCCCCAUCCAGAGUGGGAUGCCUGGCCUGCCGCCCAUGCAAGGGGGGCGGGAACGCUGUUCCAGUCCCGCUCUAUGUGGGUACGUCGCUGGACCCGACCCGCCCGGGGCAGCCCGCGCCCCUCUGAGCGCUGCCGUGACCUCGUAGACGCCGGAGAUGAGCUGUUGACAAUCCCCUCCCCGGGGCACGAAGGACCUCUCGUGGCGGCGAUCCUGCGCUGCCACCCUUUCGGGGCCGAGAUGCUGGCGGUAGGGACUCCGCUGCUCUCCGCCCCUGUGGCCCCCCAAGGCGGCUCCCAACCCCUUUCUGGGCCAUCGUGUGCCUGCAGAAGUUCCACGUCCAGAACCGCGCCCCGGGGAGACCCUGGAGCCCCACGGAGCCCGGCUCGCUGCUCGCCCUGAGGCUUGGGGAUGGAGCCGCCCCCUCCAGGCCCCAGGCCCCGGCCUCAUCGACUCGGACCCGGCGGACAAAGUGCUCGGGUCGCUGGUGUUGGAGCUUGGCCUCAACAGGGCGGACGAGCUGCUGGAGCUCUGGCUCGGUCACCCCGAACUCGACUCCCGGUCGGACCUGCCGGCGGGAGCGCGGCUGGGGCGGGGGCCACCGGUGUACAGCGUCCCGGCUGGCCCGGGCACCAGCGCUGCGGGAGCUGGGAACGCUCGGAACCCGGCCGAGUGUAGGAAGGGGCGGGGGGAGCAGCUGCGGCCGCGCUGCCUGCCCCAAAAUGCGCAGGCGGUGUGGGCUCGACAGGCGAGGGUCUCAAGCCGCCGUGUAAUAAAAUAUGGAAGGAUCGUUGUUCCGACGGCUGUGCCCCUUGUCCAUUUCCGCGAAGGACAUUGUGUGAAACAGCCCUUGAUGGAAGGAGGGUGGGCGCCCCACAGCUCCAGUGUGUCUUCUCGGCUUUUGAUGUUCCCAUCCUGUUGUUGAAAAUUAUACAAGUUUCCUAGUAACUUCUCUAGUUAAAAUUUCUAAUUAAUUGUUGUAAUCAAUCAUGAACAGUGUAAUUUUCCACCGUAGCCAAGCACUUAGCAAGGUUUGUCAUAAACUGCUAUUGUGGGAACACAGGUUGGGAAAAUUACUAAAACUUUUAAGUUUUGCUAAACCAACCUUGAUAAACUUCAUUGGACUAAGCAUGGGAGAGACAUAGUGCUGAAACUGGACCCACAGAAUGCAGAAUUUAUAGUCUGCAAGAACAUUUUGCAUAACC